AUUGUCAAUUCCAUUUAAAUUAAAUAAUGAAAAUCAGACAAUUUUUUCACAAUGUGAAAUGUAUGAUGUUAAUUUUACAAAUAUUAUUAAUUUAAAUAUGACAAAUUUAAAUUCAUCAUGGCCAAUUAAAAAAUGUGAUAAUGGCUGGACAUUUGAUUACACUGAUGUGCCAUAUGCUUCAAUUUCAGCAGAGCUUCAAUGGGUUUGUGAUAAAACAUAUUUAUCAACAGCCACUCAAUCAGCAUUUUUCGUUGGUAGUAUUAUUGGUGGUUUUAUAUUUGGAUAUAUUGGUGAUCAUUAUGGUAGAAUACCAGCACUUGUAUCUUGUAAUGCUGUUGGUUUUUUUGCAUCAAUUGCAACAUCAUUUUGCAAUAGUUUUUGGUCAUUUGCAAUUGUUAGAAUGAUUGUCGGAAUGUCAUUUGAUAAUUGUUUUAGUUUUCUUUUUAUUAUUGUGAUUGAAUAUGUUGGACCAAAAUACAGAACAAUUGUAACAAACAUGUCAUUUGGUAUUUAUUAUGCAAUUGCAUCAAGUAUAUUACCAUGGAUUGCAUACUGGAUUGCAAAUUGGAAAAUUUUAAGUGUUGUCACAGCAUUACCAUUGGCAAUUGCAUUUUUAGGACCAUGGAUUGUUCCUGAAAGUGCCAGAUGGUAUCUAACGGCUGGUAAAAUAGAUAAAGCUAUUGAAAUGUUAAAAAAAAUUGAAAAAAUUAAUGGUAAAAAUGUUGAUCCUGAUAUUUACAAUGAAUUUAAAAAUAGUUGUAAUGAUAUUAUUGAAAAUGAUAAAAAAUUUAAUAAUUAUACGGUUUUGGAUUUAUUUAAAUUACCAAGACUUGCUAGAAUAACAAUAACACUUGUGUUUUAUUGGAUAUUAACUAUUCUGGUAUUUGAUGGUCAUGUAUGGAAUAUGAAACUACUUCAUCGUGAUGUAUUUACUUCAUUUUCAAUCGCUGCACUUACUGAAUUACCAGCUGCAUUUAUUGUCGCAUUAUUUUUAGAUAAAUGGGGACGAAGAUGGAUGGGUUUUACAUCAAUGAUAUUUUGUGGAAUAUUUUCAUUUGUUGCAAUUUUUACACCACAAGGAUUAAUAACAGUAUCAAUGGCUGUUUUGGCUAGAUUUGGUGUUGAUAUUGCUACAAAUAUUGGCUUUCAAUUUGCUGCUGAAUUAUUACCAACUGUUGUACGUGCUCAAGGUGUAUCAUUGAUUCAUCUUGUUGGACAUUUUGCACAUAUUAUUGGGCCCUAUAUUGUAUAUUUGGCUGACAUAACAAGAGAACUUCCACUUAUAUGUUUAGGUACUGCAUCAAUAAUCAGUGCUUUUUUAACUCUUUUUUUGCCUGAAACUCUUGGUCAACAUUUGCCUGGAUCACUUGAAGAAGGCAAUGAUUUUGGUAGAGAUCAAAGUAUCUGGUGGAUACCAUGUUUAUCAAAAUCACAAAGAAAGCAACAACAAAAUAUAGAAAAUAAAUAAGCAUUGAAAUGAUUUUUAAUAUAAUUUAAAAUCUAUUAUCCAUUUUAAUAUAAUUUUGUUUACAGUUUUUUAAAAAUCAAACAAAGGAAUAAACAAAUAAUAUUAAAAAAAAAAAUAAUUGAGUAUAAAGGUGCAACAAAAUCUGCACUUUAAGCAUCUGUUUUGGUAUAUAUUUUUUUAUAAAUUAGAGUUGUUCCAGCUUUGAGAACUCAGCAAUUUGAUACACCUGUCAAUUGUAUAAUUUUAUUAUUUUAAAAAACAAGUUAAAAAAUAAAAUGAUUUAAAAUAUUAUUU